AUGAGCUUGCAGUUUUUUCCAGCUCCCAACCCGAACAAUACCGGGGUUUUAAUAGCCCCAGGGGGCGGCUACGCCUACGUAUCAUAUGAGAAGGAAGGUUCCUUGCCAGCCAAAUGGUUGAAUGAGCGUGGAUUUGACGCCUGGGUCCUCACAUAUACUUGUGCCGAUGGCGAUAUUCCCGCUCCCAUCUAUCCAGCCCCUAUGGAAGAAGCUCUGAACGCUGUGAAGAAGAUCCGCGCCGAGGGCCGCGUCAGCAAGCUUGGGAUUUGGGGAUGGUCAGCUGGCGGCCACCUAGCUGCCAUAACCGCCACGACGCCUGAGGUAGAGCUCGACUUCGCGGUUUUAUCGUAUCCGGUGAUUUCUAUGGAAGAUCCGACUACCCACCCCGGCUCGCGACAAAAUCUGCUCGGCGACAAAGCUUCUCUCGAACUGGUGCAGGAUAUGUCCGCGCAGAACCGUGUCUCUAAAACGACGCCGCCUACAUUCAUCUUUCAUACGGCCAACGACGGCGCGGUUCCUGUGCAGAACUCGCUGCUUUUUGCAACUGCCAUGGCGCGGUAUCAGAGGUCGUUUGAGCUUUUUGUGUUGCCAAAUGGCCCCCACGGCAUUGGCAUGGCAAUUGACGACCCGGAAUUGACGUGGACUGCGGAACUUGAUCGUUGGCUUCAGAGAUUCAUCGCUGCCUAA